AUCACGUAAAAUUUCCCUAGUGGGUCUUGAUGUCGGAGUCUGAGAGAGCAUGUGAAGCCCAACUAAAACGAGUCAGGAGGGUCUCUUUUGGGGUAAGCCGAGUCCGUCACGAACGUCUUCUUCGUCUCCAGCGAUUCCUCUCUCUCACGUAUCUCUAAAACUCUCCGGGUUUGAAGGGAGGUGAUUGUGGUGGUGCCUUUUGUUGUUCGUGGUUUUUUAUUUCACUGUAAGUUAGAAAUUGGGCUCCAGUUGAUUUUUUUCCCUUAGGGUAUUCUUCCUUGAGUUCUACAAAUGUCAGAAGGUUCGAGACGGAGUAGGGUCACUAUUACUCUAGGGCGUAGCGGUCAGGUUGUGAAUCGAGAUGCAAGUGAUAUAGAUGCUGGUUAUGAGUUGCCUAGAGUUGGGACCAAGCGGUCUGCUAAAGAAAGAUUAGGGAAUCAGUUAGAUAGUUCUCUUUACGGAGGAAGCGAAGAAGUGGUCAGUAAAAGGCAAAGAGGGGAAGCAAGUUUAAGUGGAAAUGAUUUGCAGAUCAGUCAAAAUGAUCUCCGAUUCAAACUGCUGCAGAAAAACGCCCAGAGGCGAGCUCAGAGCAAUGAAGGUAGCACUGUGGAUCUUCGUGAAAAGCUCUCCAGGAGCGAGCAGCCUCCACGUAGCCUUGAUACUCGACUACGUAUGUCUGAGCUGAGGGAUGUUCCUUUACCUUCACCAAGAACUGCUCGUGGUUCCUCUCAGAUGAUUUCAUCAAGUAGUUCGUAUGCUCCAUGGGCCCUGGAAGAUUUACGACAAAGGUCUCCAGAGAGAUUUGUGGAUACUUCCAGGGCUCCAUCGCCUCCAAGAAAUGAUGGACGUAUGAUUGGGAUUCCAAGGGCUCCAUCGCCCCCAAGAAAUGCUGGAAGGAUAAUUGGCAGUCCAAGGGAUAGAUCACCUCCAAGAAAUGCUGGAAGGAUUGGCAGUCCAAGGGGUAGAUCACCUCUACGAAAUGCUGGAAGGAUUGGUAGUCCGAGGGAUAGAUCACCUCCAAGAAAUGCUGGAAGGAUUGGUAGUCCAAGGUAUAGAUCACCUCCAAGAAAUGCUGGAAGGAUUGGCAGUCCAAGGGAUAGUUCACCUCCACGAAAUGCUGGAAGGAUUGGUAGUCCAAGGUAUAGAUCACCUCCACGAAAUGCUGGAAGGAUUGGUAGUCCAAGGUAUAGUUCACCUCCACGAAAUGCUGGAAGGAUUGGCAGUCCAAGGGAUAGAUCACCUCCAAGAAAUGCUGGAAGGAGAAUUGACUCUCCAAGGGAUCUAUCAUCACCGCCAAGGAGCACCAGAAGCUUCAGUAGUGCUUCUAGGGCUCUGUCCCCAGCUAGAAAUGUGGGAUGCUACAUGGGAUCUUCUAUGGGGUUUUCCCCUCCUAGGAAUCCUCGAAGCUACAUGGGUUCUUCCAGGGGUUCUCCUCCACGUAGUAAUAUUGAUGAUUUUCAUGGACGAAGCAGGAUGCUUGAUGAUGUGAGAGCGCCGUAUCCUGUUAGAGGUGUACUAAAUGGUCAAGCCCCAGCAAGUGGUGCUCCUUUCGCGAGGCCAAUGUUACCUCCUCCAGUCCCAAACCCACAUCCGUUGCCUCCUUUGAGCCAGCUUCCUCCUUUUGGAAGUAUGAUGCAGAACAAUCCCUUCUCUGUGGAAGAGCCUCUAACAGUUGAUAGCUUUCUAAACUCAAUUGGACUUGGAAAAUACUCCCUUGCCUUUAAGAGAGAGGAAGUGGAUAUGACCACAAUAAAACAGAUGAAAGAAAGUGAUCUUAAAGAUCUCAUCAUACCAAUGGGUCCAAGGAAGAAGAUCCUUCAAGCUAUAGCGUCCCUUCCGACGCGGUAGCUAGGGAAAAAAACGGGUUUUGGCUUUCUGGCUGCUUCUCACUCUUUUUUGGUCUUGUUAGCCUCUAUGGGGAUCGAAACUAUGAUAAUUUUUUGAGAUCCAACCCGAAACUUUUCUCUCCGGAUGAUGAUUGUAGGCAGCGGAACUUUUCUUAUGUAAUUCUUCUCUCUGUUAUGGAUUUUUGUUUUCUUUUUUUCUGGUAUUACAAGAUGUUAACCCAAGCAGCCUAAUUGUGAAAUGCGACGGUGUUUCGGUGUAAUCCAAACACUCUUUUGGUUGGUGGUAUACUGGUAUAUAUAACCAACUGAAUCUCAA